CGUCUUAAGCGCUCGGCAUGGUUCAGUCCAGACCAGAACAUCAUGGCGAUAGAUGGUGGAGAGCGGAAUUGUGGAGUACAUGAGCUUAUCUGCAUCAGAAAAGUGUCUCCUGAGGCUCUGGGGUUCUUGUCUGGCAUUGGUGUCUUCAUCUUUCUUGUGAUUGUACUCUUUCUUUACCUCAAUAACAAAUUAUCUCUUGAGAGUGCCAACCAACUGCCCAGCCUUGACCAGUUCAGAAAGAGCACAGAGCCAACAGAUAAGAAUUAUGUUAAUACAGACUAUCACUGCUCGUCGUCAGACAGUGAUGAUGAGGUGAUCGGACAGUACAAGGAGGCAGUGUCUCGAUCACAGGGUCUCCGGGGGUGCUCAGCAGGGACUAAGUCGAGCCACCAGAAGGCCUAUGGCUGGGACACGAGACAGAAAUACUGCCCCCUGGCGGCUGAGUAUGACGGCUACAGUAGUGAGGCCUCAGCAGAUGAUGUGAACUGUAUUCAGCGGAUGAGACGAACGCCGCCAUUGGAUGAGCUGCAGCCUCCACCCUAUCAGGAUGAGGAUGGGUCGCCACGUAUGUCCUGCACGCCCUCCGACCUGGGUGAUGCCAAAUGUGACCUUUCCCACGGGAGCGAGAGCCCCAGACACAGUUAUGGGAAAUGUCCGAGUGAGCUCAGCGGAACGCAGGAAACAGAAAGCUUCCUCAAUAAAGGCUAUGAAGAAGAUGUACCCAGCGAUAGCACUGCUGUACUCAGCCCAGAGGAUCUUUCUGCUCGUGGUUCAGCGGCUCAGCUUCCCAAAGGUUACGACCCCGAGCCCCUCGCUCAGUAUGGAACUCUCGAUGUCAUCUUUGACUACGAUUCAUCCGCCCAGCGGCUGUCCGUCACGAUAACAGCACUGACGGACGUUCCCCCUCUCAAACGCACGGGUAACAUCUCCUGGCAGGUGCAUCUGGUGCUGCUGCCCACCAAGAAACAAAGGGCCAAAACCAUUAUUCAGCGAGGCCCCUGCCCCAUAUUUACAGAGACUUUUCACUUUAGCCAUAUCGAGUCAGAGAUGAUCGGGAACUAUGCCAUCCGGUUCCGUUUGUACAGCGUGCGCAGGAUGAAGAAGGAGAAGGCUCUUGGAGAGAAGGUGUUCUACCUCACCAAACUCAACCUGCAAGGCAAGAUGUCUGUCCCCAUCAUUCUGGACCCCAGCUGCAACAUACCUGGCAGUGACUCACAAGCCAGCGUGUCAGACAUGUCGUGCAGUGAGACGGCCUCGUCGUUCCCAUCUGCAGUUCAGGGGUCAGCUCCGGAGAUCCUGCUUGGGCUUGUGUACAAUGCCACUACAGGACGGCUCUCUGUAGAGGUCAUCAAAGGAAGUAACUUUAAAAACCUGACUGCAAAUAAACCUCCUAACGGUUUGUUCUGUUGUCUAAAGCACUUGAUAGGUGGGCAGGUGUACAUUAUUCGAGACACAUAUGUCAAGCUCACUCUGCUAAACUCAAUGGGUCAAGAGAUGUCCAAAUGUAAGACGUCCAUAAGACGCGGCCAACCCAACCCCACCUACAAGGAGACAUUUGUAUUCCAGGUAGCCUUGUUCCAGCUAUCUGACGUCACGCUCAUCCUGUCGGUCUACAACAAACGCAGCAUGAAACGGAAGGAGAUGAUUGGCUGGAUCUCACUAGGGCUGAACAGCUCUGGGGAGGAGGAGCUAACGCACUGGACUCAGAUGAAGGAAUCAAAGGGACAACAGGUGUGUCGAUGGCACAGUCUUUUGGAGUCCUAGAACGUUAUUAGGCAACAGGGAUGAUGUGUGUAAUAUGAAGAUGGGGUGGGGAUGGAGAGCAUGUCAAGCCCUCAAAUGGCCCCAAAACGACAGAGCUGGCCCCCACUGCAGUGAAUUAUGGGAUAUGUGACUAGUUCUUGGAAUUUAAUGUCCCUCCAUGUGCAUUCUGGGGAAAGGGUUAGAGGUCAUAUAGCGAGAACCGGGUUAGAAAUGUUAAACUGUUAAUGGAAGAAACAUUAAUGAGAAAUUUUAUUUGUAUAUUUUUUUGACUUAAACUUUUGGUUUUCUUUGAGAUGGUUUAUAAUGGGUAAUGGUAUUUUUAGAAUGAGAGAGAAAGACAUAAUGUAUGUGUGGAUCAGUAAGCAGGCCAGAAGUUUAGGCAUACAUGAUCUCUAGAGACAAGAUUAGACAAGUUAAAAUGUCUUUGCUCAGAUUAUAACUCAUGUUCAAAGAUUACAUUUUACUCUGGGACAGGACAGGGAUUAACUGUCAUUAAAAUGUCUAAGAAUAACUUGUGAAGGCUAAAGGAAAGUUUGACAGAUGCGUCUACAGUAUAUGGCAUUAAUAAGUGGCCUCAACAUAUGAUCAGAUUAUAUGGAAUCUUUCUAGGGUUCAUUCAGUAAUAUUUUGGAGAGAAUGCAAAUAGGAAAAUGUAUGAAAAAUGUUAUGUCUAUUGCCGAUAUUGGCCAAUGAGGAUAGACCUUUUCAUAUUUUAACUAUACUUACUAUAGAAGAAACCCCUAAUAAAAAACUACAUACAGUAUACAGUAAUAUAAAAUGUACUGUAAUGUUUUAAUGGAUAUUUCAUGACUUUUAUGCAUUUAUUAUAUCCGAUGUAUAUCGUUGUAUUAAUAAAAUAAUAAUAAUAAUAUAAUACCUUUAAUGUAUAUACCAUAGAGCAGUGGUUCUCAAACUUUUUCGUUGUAAGGCCCCCUUUGUGUUAAGUGCAUCGCUUUGCGGCCCCCCAUAUAAAGACGUAUAAUCUUAAACUUAGAAUUUUAAUUAAACCAAAAACAUUCAGUUAUACAAUGCUGGAACCUCAAUUCUUUUGGUUGGUGGUGUCAUUUUCUGAUGUUUGAUUGCAUAAAAUCUAUGAUGAAUUUCUAUAUUGCAUAAAAUACCACAAAAUCUGUGGCCCCCUGAAUCCAUCUUGGGGCCCCCCAGGGGGCCAUGGCCCCCAGUUUGAGAACCACUGCCGUAGAGGACAUCUGGAAGACAGAACAGGAUAUUGCUGUUAAUUCCAUAGAGUGUGAAUAGAACUAACUUGAUGAUUUCAUGAGUUAGACAGAAUUAUAAAAAUAGAACUAUACAGUAGAACAUGACCACAUUGACCGUUGUCACCAUGGUCUCGCUUCAAAUAGCCUACUAUACCACGGUCUCUCUUCAAAUACUAUUUCAAAUGCCCCACUUUGGUGUGUCUAGAACAAUGUUUCCAUCCCAAUCCUGACUAUGAGGUAUGACUUUCACAUCAAGUCAUGAAAAACAUUGAGCACAUGUGUCAUCAGCUCAUCCUUGAACUCGUGGAAUCAUGCGACUGUUCUAAAUAAUGACGUUUAUAUAAACCCUUCUUUAACAUUUCUGUUAAUCGGUGAAGUGAUGCUACAUUGUUGAGUCACUAGUUUGUAAGGUGUGUAUUAGCCAUCAUUAUAUAACAGCUGACUGUUUGUAUAAGGCUUUUCUUACAUAUUGCAUUCUUUGAUCCUGAAUGCUCAAGUUUAGUAGCUGGGACCCACCACUCAUUGCUGUCACACUGGAGAUUCACGCCAGUGUUAUGUCUGAAUGUCCGGUGGAGGGCUAGCGAUGUAGAUUCUGACAAACUGUGAGGAUGUUUUGAGUACAUGAUGCCAAUGAGGCUUUUCAAUGCUUUUGCUCUGUCUUCAAAGUGUCUUUGAUCUCUGUGCGGUCAACCUGUGAAAUCUGUCCGAUAGUUUCUUUUCUUUCUUGAGCGAUGGUUGAACUCACUCAGUGAUUGUUAUGUACUGUAAACAGCACAUAGAUUCUGCUGAUCUAUUUUUGUAUCUAUAUCUGAGAAACUGGACUCAAAAACACUUUCUUGGUAAAUGUAUGAAGCUCUGUGAGCAGUAUGGAGUUGUAGACUUUGUUCUACUUUCACAGUUCCGUCAAUGAUUUUUUUUCUUUUUUGUUAGAAAAAAAUGUUUUUGUGAAUGUCUCUCAGUCAGUGUGUUGUUUCAAAGUAUAAAUGUUAAAACCCCCAUGUUCGCUUCCCUGAGGUAAAAAAAGAAAAGGUUGUAAGUGAAGGGGGUGUAUUGUUACAUAAUGAUAUCUGUAUUCUUGGCUCUGCUGAUGUCAUAAUUUCAGGUGAUGAUGUGUGUUGUUCUGUUUACUCUGUUAGUUAAAAAGAAAGAAAAUUGCAGGUAGCUGAAAUGUUUAAGGUGGUUUGUUCUGUGAGAACGAAAUGAAGCACAUUUUAGGGCACAUAAUAGAAUUAUGAAACACAUCUUGUGAAAGAGUCUCAGGCUUUGAUUGUAUUCAGAAAGUUGCCACUGGACAAUAUCUCCCCGAAAAAGACAGAAUCACAAUCACUCUUCUCCCACAAAACUCCUCGCUGGGUUGAGUUAUGUUGGAAGAUGUUCUCGGUUUCAUCUUGGCAAACACAGUUAAACAGUCCAGAAAUCUUAUUUUACCAUCCUGUCAGCAUUCAGGCAUUAAAUAUUGCCACAGCUGUCAUAAUAACAGUGACAUAAUACAGCACAAUCUUGAAAUCUAGGAUGUUAAAUGCAUUAUGACUAGAAAACAGCUGUGUCACAAAAUGAUAUCGAAGGGCUGUUAUGUCUCACGUCUGACAGUUUUAUGAGAGGCUUGGUGUACUGUUGACUCGUACCGAUAUGGCUUCCAAAUUAUUGUCCCACUAUAAAUGAGAAUCUGACUAUAGCUAACUCGGUUAAAUAGGCUGGUUAUAUUACCCCGCUAGUCUAUAAUCCCCAAAGCCUAGCACAUUUGACCAUCCAUCCGUAUGUGAUAAGGGUUUUGAUGCUCUGAUAGUUCACACGAAAAUGAAAAUCAUCUAUAUUCACCAGCAUUUGGUUGUGACUCUGUAUUUCUUUUCUUGUGAAAAGCAAGAUGAAAUUGACAGGGGAACUGCGGUGAAUAACAGCUUCUUGGCAUACAAAGUUGAUCUAACUUUUACUAUGGUGCUUUUUUCUCUGGAAUCGGCAAUGUAAAUCACCAGCUUUUGUUGGUUAGUAGAGAUAUUUUUGAACAUUCUGCCUAAUAUCUAAUUUUGUGCUUCACGGUUCCAAGAAAAAUACAGAGUUAGAAUGACAUGAAGGUGAGUAACUUCAUUUUGAUGAAACUAUUCUUUAAACCCACUGAAUGUUCUAGAGCUCUUAGCAAAUAGGCACAAAUCACAUAUGUUUGUUCCCAAUAUGCCAUGCAAAUGUAGAUUAACAGAUGAAAAUGCAUUUUGUGUGUGUGAAUGAUCCCCAAAGAACCAGUGCCUGAAAAUAACCCCUCAGAGCUCUCAAAAUCUUCUCACAUAAGGUUUUUCUACUGCUUUGUUUAGGUGAAGAUGUGAAUAUUUUGACAGUGGACCAGUGAUGGUCAACCUGUCAUAUUCUGAACUGAUGGGUGAUAGAGAUUCUGUUCCGUUUACAAAUAAACACCAGCAUGUAGGAUUUUUUGCACAGGAAGCAUAGCACACCCUGUUCUCUCUCUGUGUCUCAUCAUGAUUCAGGUCUAGCAUGCCAUUGAACCUUCAACUUUCACAAGGUGUGUUCCAACUUAAACCAGUUUUAAACCUUUUAUACAUGUUCUGAAACAAUGUGUGUGGUUAUAUUGUCAGUUAUUAUUGCUCUUUAAUUUGAUUCUGAAAAUGCUUAAAAUUUCUUGCCUAUACCCACCGAUUCAGUCGGUGCCUUACUUUUCUCUGGAGAGCGUUUUUAUGGCGUUUUUGAAAUGUUGUUGCAAUGUUCCUACAGCGAUGUUGUCACCUUGUGUAUUCAUAUUUCUGUACAAUCGCUGUAGUUUGAUUUGUAAAUGAAGUCUUACACAAAGAUGCAUUUGUAUGUGAUUCUGUUUUGAAAAGAAACACUUCU